AUGUCUGAAUAUACAGGUUUAAUUGGCUUACCAACGACGGGUCAAUCUCCAAUUAAUCUAGAUGAUCGUUUAGUACGAAAACGCAGAUAUCCUCCGCUUGUUUUAAAUGGUUACUGGUUAAACGAUGGAGAAGCACGAUUGUUAAAUACUGGCAGUACAGCUAAAAUAUAUUUAACUGGGAAUAGAAUUCCAUCCACGAUUUGCGGUGGACCCCUUUCAGACGACGUAUACGAGCUAAUGGAAGUGCAUUUUCACUGGGGCGAAGACGAUUGCAAAGGCGCUGAGCACACAAUCAACAAUACUUGGUAUUCAAUGGAAUGUCACGUGUUACAUUGGAACAGAAAAUAUCUGACCGUAGAAGAGUGUUUCAGACACAAAGAUGGUUUUUGCAUAUUGGCAUAUUUAUUUUUGGUCCAACCAGGUUAUUGCAGUUGCAUUAAUCCACAAUUGGAAAGGAUAACGGAAUACUUGAAAUACAUUUUAGAUCCAGACAUGGAAACAAAAAUACCAGCUAACUGUUUAGCAUGGAUGCGCUGGGCAACGUAUUGUACUAGAUAUUAUACGUAUGCAGGAUCAUACAAUGUCGCUGAUUAUCCAGAGUGUGCUACUUGGAUUGUUUUCCCCGUAGUUAUACCCGUACGAUCCAGUGAAAUAAAAGAAUUUCGAAGACUGAGAGACAAGGAUGGGAAUUUCAUAAAGUCAAACUGGCGAGAAACACAAUUAUUGAAAUGCAGACAAAUCUUUUUAGCAGUUUCUUAA